GAACUGGAUAACCACUGGGAGAGACGGAUUGAGCGGGCCUGUGCGGUGAAUGGCACGAUUGGACCGGAGGGUGGUCGUUGGGGUCAGACGGUUGCAGGAACACUCCGAGUUCUUAUGCGACUAAAUUACUGCAACAAUAAACAAGGCUGCAAUCCAGCUCCCCGUUCCAUCGCCCAGGCAUGCCUUAUUAUCACUUUAAUCCUACUUUCCUCGGCAUUUGUACGGAUCCUCACUCACUGA